AUGGCGCUCUCUGCUUCCGCCGCCAUCGAAAGCCCCAAAUCCCUCUUCCGCGCUCAAGCCCUUCCCUCCAUUUCAAAACCCACUUGCUCGUUUUCUUGCUUCUCCUCUUCGCAACCUCAAUUCCACAGAAAUGCCAAUAGCAACCCCUCUUUGAACUAUGUUCCCAAGCGGAAGAAUCGCAUAGUUGAUGUGGGCAUCGGGCUGUUGGCGGCUUCGAUUCUCGCUCUUUCUCCGAUGGACGCCGACGCCACCAGGAUCGAGUACUACGCCACGCUGGGAGAGCCUAUGUCUCCGAUUCAGAUCUGCCUCACCGAUCCUACCGCACAGCCAGGCCCUGCAGCUCCUUCGCCGCAGUUCUCUCCGCCUUCAGCUCCUCGUACUGGCUCGCCUUCUUAUCCUCAUCCUAUUCUCCCCGGACAAAGCAACGACGAGUCGACGACCAGUCUGAAAUCCCAAUUCGCCAUCUCCCCGCAGCGACGUUUCCAAUCCGAACCUUGGGACUACGCGUGGAGGGACUUGGGCUCAUGGAGUUGCUCAGAAACUAGAUCUGGAAACCAGAUCGUUGGAUUCACUCACCUGCAGAUGUUGAAUUUCAUGGCGGCAAUCACUGCGAUUUCGGCGCAGUUCCAGAUCGGGUUCUUCUUCCUGCUGCAAGAGGGAGCAGUGGGGAUGGAGGAUUUGGAGUCGGAGAGCGGUUGUUCACGACUGCGGGCGGGCGGUGGUUUGAUGGCGUCGCUGGUGGGAAUCGUAGGGGAAAGGAGGGAUGAAGAUGAUGUUGACGGCGGCCAACAAUGGUGGUGGGGGAGGGUUCUCAGUAUAGCAAUGGUGAAUAUCAAGCAGCUCGAAGGUAGUGAUUUACCAUCCAAGUGCACCACAAAGCAAUCGGUUUGUCCACAAUUUGGUUCUCAAGGCAUUGAAACCCCAGUUUACAACAUUGGUGUGGAACCUCUCGUGCAAAACACUGGGUCUGACGAACCCCUGCACAUAUGCAAAGAAGAACAGAGUCCACUUGAAUAUCUUCUGCUUGCAAAGAUCAUUACUGGUCGAAGCAGAUUUCUUGCUCAGUUGAAUUGUGGUUGGAGAAAGAAGAAUAUAUCAGAGUCUGCCUGGUUGAACCACCAGCAAGAUAACCUGCUCUUUUGGAUUAAACGUGGCGACAAGCUGCAUUCUGACAUUAUUCCUUCAGCUGCUGUGCCUGACGAGGCAGUCAUGAUUGCAUUUAAUGUAAAUCCAGUGGAAUAUGGGCAUGUGUUCCUGAUACCUCGUGGGUACAGAGAUCUCUGCCAUGCCCUGGAUGCCAGAUUCCUUGACAUGAUUGCUCGGAUUGCCAUUGACAUGAACAAUUGUUCUUUCCGCUUGUUUCAUGAUUGCUCUGGAUCUAGGGCUUCAUAUCCACACUUUCAGGCCUGCUACUUCCCAGAUCUUUUGCCAGUGGAGUUUGCACCUGUUGAACUUUUAUAUAGAGACGGGGAUACGGGACCUAUAUCUAUCUCAACUGUCAUAGAUUAUCCCAUCAAAACCCUUCUCCUUGAAGCCUGCUGCUAUUCCAGGAUACUAGUGGAAGUUGUAGCUGAGAUUUGUAGUUUCUUACAAGUGAACAACGUAACAUACAAUCUGCUGAUAGCCGACUGCGGGAGGAAGGUCUUUCUGUUCCUUCAGCGAAAGCCAUUUCCAAACUCUACCAACCUUUCAGCGUGGGAAUGCGGAGGUUAUUUCUUGUUCAGGUCAAGGCAAGAAUUCGACCAAAUCACAGAAACAGCCCUGCUUCAGCGUCUGAGCUCCUUCUCGGUUGAUGAUGAAUGCUUUGAAGCUGUUCGAAAGCUUGUCUGCAGUCUCGCCUGCAAAUUGCAUUAAAUAUAGCUACUAAACCAUGUUUGUAACGGGUAUCUGUCAGCUCUUUACGUGUGAUACAUUUUGCAACAUUUCUGGCUUUGGUUAUAUUAUGUUAUUGUGUUACUCUGGAAAAUGAGACCGACAGUGUAUAUAUAAAGAAGAAUCCGACUUCAAUGUAGCCAAGAGCUACCUUAGCAGAAGAAAUAAAAUACAAUACAAUUAUAUGCUUCUGCUAUCUCAUCAGACAUCAAUAUCCUGCUCUCCCCUCUCUAUGAUACAGUUGCUAGAAAGAUUACAAUUUCUGUGCUUAGAAACUGGAGUGAAAUAAAAGAAUUUGAAUAACACGUACAAGUUGCAGCACUGCAUCACACUUGAUCUUCGUCAAUGUGGGACUGGGGAGUCGACGUUUGUUGUUCUUGAUGUUCUUGGCUGGCUUCUAUACUCUGGUGGCCACCAGAAAUAGACACCUCAGUUGGGUUUGCCUGUUGCAGCUGCAGCCAAGCUUCAUGAAGCUGCAAUACAUACUCCAGGUGCCACAAAACUUCCCCCAUUGUUGGUCGAUUCUUUCCUUCGUCAGCCAGACACUUCUCCGCUAUCUCCCCGUACUUCUCCAUCGAUUCAGGGGAAUAACUUCCCUCGAGACGCCGGUCAAUAAUAGUUUCCAGGGACCUCUGUCGCUGCCACCUCAUUGCCCACUCAGCAAGGUUGAUCUCGUCUUUCGGCAAGCUCGGGUUGAUCACUGCUCGAGCACAGACAACCUCGAACAACACCACACCAAAAGAGUAAACAUCGGAUUUCUCAGUCAGCUGCUGUCUCCUGAAGUACUCGGGAUCCAGAUACCCGAAGCUUCCCUUCACAGCAGUGCUGACAUGGGUAUGAUCCCAACCCGGACCGGUUCUCGACAACCCGAAGUCUGCCACCUUUGCCACAAAAUUCUCAUCCAGCAAUAUGUUCGUCGUCUUCACAUCACGAUGGAUUACCCCCCUGUCGGCACCUGUGUGGAGGUAAUGGAGCCCUCUAGCUGCACCAAUGCACACCUCCAAGCGCUGUUUCCACGUCAUAAAUGGAUUACCAUCACUUCCAAACAAAUGGCUUCUAAGCGUCCCGUUUGACAUGUACUCGUAUACCAAUAUCAUCUCAUGGUUUUCUUCGCAGAAUCCGAUCAUGGACACCAGAUGCCUGUGCCGCAGCUUGGACAGCAUUUCUAUCUCCGUCUCGAAUUCAGCCAACCCUUGCUGCGACUGUGGGUUCGCCCGCUUGAUUGCCAUGACUAAACCGUCUUCAGUUUCGCCUUUGUACACCUUCCCAAAACCGCCAACUCCAAUAACCAAACCAUCGUCGAAGUUGUUCGUUGCUGCUCGGAUUUCAGCCAAUGUGAACCACCUGCCGAUUCUAACUGAACCAGCACUUCCGCCGGGGUUCUGGGUCCCACCACCACCCUUGCCAUUAGCAAUGCUACUCGCUACUGUACCAUGAACAUUGAAUAGCGGACGCCAGCCUGUACUAGGAUUCUUCUUACCAGGUUCUUCUCUAUUCAACUUCAUGCAUAUCGAGUAGCAGCAGAAGAUGCCGCCUAAAGUUGCCAUGAUGGCAAUACAGCCUAUAACUGCUCCUAUUCCAACCAACAGAGUCCUGGAAACUCCGCUCCUUCUGGAUUUCCCUGGAGAAUCGAGUUUAUUGACGUAGGCCAGAUUCCCGUUUCGACUCAGCUUGAAAACCUCGAGCCCGCUCAACAGAGCAUCAGUCGAUGGAGCCCCCCCAGCAGCAUCAGGGCCCAAUUGAACCCAAAUCGUGUUGAUACCAGAAGACAGCACGUCGAAAAAAUCCUCAUGGUAAGCCUUGUUCUUCCCUCCAGCUCUUGCGUACACAUCGAAAUUGUCAGCAGCCGUCUUGUUGUUUAUAUAGAUCCUGAAAAUCCUCUGGUUAGCUCGAUCGGAUUCGAGCUCACAGAAGUGGAGCCGAACCAUGUAGUCGAAACCUGGAUCGACUUCGAGCCUCCACGACAUGUUGAACCUCUUCUCCAACACCUGCGUGUUGGACAUGGCUCUUGCUGAUUCAUAGACAAGAAGAGGAGCCACCACCGAGGUGGUGGUGACAUUGUUGUUAUUAUUACCACCAGAAGAAGCGUAGGUGACGUUGGAGCUAUUGUGGAUUUCGAAGCCGGCAUUUGCAGUGACCAUGUAGCUGGAAUCAUCUUCCCACAGUCUCCCUAGACCCGAAUCUUGAUCCGGGUUAAUCUGGUGACCACCAACGUUCAGCCUGUGCAUAGUUUCGAUCCCUCUUCGGCUUGGGCCAAGGCUAACAUCACCUCCCCCAACUUUGCUCAAUGUUUCAGGGAAAAUCGUGGACUCCACUUCAACAAUCUCUAUCGCAUUCACGAACCCAAAUGAUCCUUUCGCGGGAAUGAACUCAACCACAAGCUCAGUACCGUUGCCAGUCAGAAUGUACUCCUUCACCAAGGAAAUGGGAAAACUCGAGUUGCUGCUUGACUUCAACAAGAUGGAAUUCCUGUGGGAAAUGUCCCCGGCGACACUGAUUUCGGACAGAAGUCGAAGGCCAUUGACCGCAACACUGAACAAGGAUUCGCUAGCGUUGUAGUUCUGGAACUGGGCGGGAUGGAAAUGGAGCCUGAGGAAGUAAGAAGCGCCCUGAACACCGUGAAAGGUAUAGUUAAAGUCGGUGGUGAAAAUCCGGGCAGUUUUAUAGAGCUGGCUAAAUAUGGAAUCGCCGAUGGGUUCCGAGGUCGUGGCAGAGAACCCAGGGGAGCUAAGAGUGAGAUUACUGUUGCUAGGAGCCAAGUCCCCUGUCCAAUUCCUGCCAUCGACUUGAAUCGUAGAACUUGUUCCGCAAUUUAUGAGAAAACCUUGAUCUUGACCUUCCCCACUGCCCGCCAGCACCAAAAUCACCAACCCAAUAAACACAAGACCCAACAAGAGCUUGUUUCCCUGGAUCUUCCCCAUUCAGGCUUUUCGUCGAACACCAACAAGGCAAACCCUCUCCCAGAGAUGAACCGUAUCGCGAGACCACAAAACUUCUUUUUGCUCCAACACAGAACAGUGAACAAGGCAUUCAAGUUGCUGGAAGAUUAUUAGGCAGAGAUUGUCAGGUUACCUUCACAAGUUCCCAUCCGGGAAGCCAAAGAAAAGGAAACAGCAACUAUUUCCUGGGAUCAAUCAAUCACUGUGUUGAUUCCCAUCAAAGUGCUCGCAGAUCUGAGAGCCCCGUGACAAGCUGCAGAGGGGGGGACAGUAGAUAAAGUUCGGAACUUUAUGGGGGAGAAAUCAGAAAGACGCAAGAUUCCAAAAGAGAGUGAAGGAGAAGAUGGAAGAAAGAAGAAGGGAAGGAAAGGGGACGACGGGGUUGCGUUGCUUGCAGGGUGCGAUGACGAUUAUUGAUUGUAGUGUGUAAAGUUAUCUAUCUGCAAAGGCAAAGAAAGAAACCGCCAGAACAUGGGCUGUUGUUGGCAAAUGGCAACAAACAGUC